AACAUUCUAAGGUUGGACAGAGCAUUCUUGACAGUGAACUUUUGCUGGACUUGUGAAUUCCUUACCUUUAUCAUGAUGAAAACGAGAAAUCGAGUUCCUCCUCUCACCAUCGAAGCUCUGCAGACACCUCGCUGGAGACCCCAUGGUGAGCCUCAUCACGUAAAGGCCCCCUCGCAAGCUGCCGGCUCCAGCUUGCGCCCCACGUCUACCUAGGCUCCCUCUAGCCUCUUUAACGCACAGUCGAGCAACAGGCCCCUUGCAAUCAACUCUAGCCGCCGGACUCCUGACCAGGCGCUUCUUCUCUGCACCCUGGCAGCCCGUGGGGAGUUCGGGAAGGGGCCCUGGAUGCCUUUUCUGCUUGUUUUCGAUUGACUGAAACAAAACAAAACAAAAGGGCCACUGGAUGUCUGCCUUCUUGGGGGGUGAGCCAGACAGACUGACAAACAAACAGCCCCAACUGUGUUCGGGGGAGGGUUUCGCCUCCCGUUUUGCCCGGCAGCAGCAGCAUGGACGUGUUGGCUAGUUAUAGUAUAUUCCAGGAGCUACAACUUGUCCACGACACCGGCUACUUCUCAGCUUUACCAUCCCUGGAGGAGACCUGGCAGCAGACAUGCCUUGAAUUGGAACGCUACCUACAGACGGAGCCCCGGAGGAUCUCAGAGACCUUUGGUGAGGACUUGGACUGUUUCCUCCACGCUUCCCCUCCCCCGUGCAUUGAGGAAAGCUUCCGUCGCUUAGACCCCCUGCUGCUCCCCGUGGAAGCGGCCAUCUGUGAGAAGAGCUCGGCAGUGGACAUCUUGCUCUCUCGGGACAAGUUGCUAUCUGAGACCUGCCUCAGCCUCCAGCCGGCCAGCUCUUCUCUAGACAGCUACACAGCCGUCAACCAGGCCCAGCUCAACGCAGUGACCUCAUUAACGCCCCCAUCGUCCCCUGAGCUCAGCCGCCAUCUGGUCAAAACCUCACAAACUCUCUCUGCCGUGGAUGGCACGGUGACGUUGAAACUGGUGGCCAAGAAGGCUGCUCUCAGCUCCGUAAAGGUGGGAGGGGUCGCAACAGCUGCAGCAGCCGUGACGGCUGCGGGGGCCGUUAAGAGUGGACAGAGCGACAGUGACCAAGGAGGGCUAGGGGCUGAAGCAUGUCCCGAAAACAAGAAGAGGGUUCACCGCUGUCAGUUUAACGGGUGCCGGAAAGUUUAUACAAAAAGCUCCCACUUAAAGGCCCACCAGAGGACUCACACAGGUGAGAAGCCUUAUAAGUGCUCAUGGGAGGGAUGUGAGUGGCGUUUUGCACGAAGCGAUGAGCUCACGAGGCACUACAGGAAACACACAGGUGCAAAGCCCUUCAAAUGCAACCACUGCGACAGGUGUUUUUCCAGGUCUGACCAUCUUGCCCUCCACAUGAAGAGACAUAUCUAAAAAACCGAAAGGCCAGAGUUGCCAUGGCAUUGGCUAGUGUCUAAAGGAAACACCAUGAGGCAGGGGGCUGGACUUCAGGCGGGGACCCAUUGCCUCGCAGAAGAAAGUUCUCACUUAUAAACCUCUGUACACACACACACACAUAAACACACACUCACAGACCCACACACAUACACACUGUCAUGCACUCAACUAUAUUUAAAAUAUAUACGUCUAUUCUUUAUGCCUUGCCCUAGCCAGAUGGAAGAAGAUGAAGAAGGAAACCAGGUGAACUCAGCAAGGCAGACUGGCUGCUUACUUCAGCACUAUUGGAAUUAUUUCCCGCUGUUGCCAAUGGAAAUCAAAGAAAAUGGAUGUGACGUCUGUGCAGGUGGACGGCAGUCCGAGGGGCUUAUUUAACUUGCUUCUCAGUGCAACUUGAUAGGAGAAUCCAGCAUCUUAAAGUUGCAUAUGUGUAGCACUAAUGUUUCUUUUUAAAUAGUUGGGGGAAAAUGACCUAGAAAACCAAAUUGCAGUUUGGUAGCCAAAAUUAACUCUUGGUUUAUUUGUCCUUUGUGUGUGAAAAGUCCUACUAUUCCGUGCGUCAGACUUCCUCACAGAACUGUUGACUGGUUUUGGUUCUUAGUACUAUUGAGAUCUUUCGCGUCGAUCCCAACGGCCUUAGCGGCGGCAGACUGGAAUAACACCUUACACCUUUCUGGCCUGCAUUUCUGUAGACUUCACUCUCAAGGGAGGAGUUUUCUUUUCUUACUUUUUGACUUUUGCACACCAUAUGCACUAGGGAUUCUGGAAACUUCUAGCAUGACUGCAAAGUGGCCAAGAGAAUAAAGUCCUUGAUGAUAAAUCACAGUAUAUCCCUUGAGCCUCACCUUAUUGCCAGUGCUAGAUUUUUUCUUUUUAAUCUCUCCGUUUUUGCUAACGAAAACUUGAAAAGCUUAUUUGGAAGCUUAAAUGUUUUAUCUUUUCUCCAUGGACUAAACCUCUCCAGGACUCUCUCGGCACCUGGAUGUCCAGCUCUCGAAGCAGCCAGUCAGAUGGGACAUCACAGUUCUUUCAUCCUCCUUGAGGCAUGAUGACCUCAGCUCAUAGUGAUCAACCGUUGUGCUGUGUGUCAUUGCUACCCCAUAACCAGUUACAGCAUAGAUGUCGCUAGUCUCAGAGGGCAGCUGCGUAUUUAAUUUAACUCUGGUUUAUGACCUGACAAAAAGCCAAAAAUAUCACUCUUUCCAGGAGUGGGGAAAACUGAGGAUGCCUCCCAAGUCUAGUGGCUUCACAAAAGAUCAUCCUGUCUUCUCUGUCAUGCCCUCUGAGCUCCUAUUCCCCUACUUGUUACAAUACACAAUUUAAAACGCCAUUGUGGGAGUGAAGGGUUGACAUUUAAGGAAAAGGUUGAGGUGUUUCUCUCAUGGGCUGUGUAAAAGGAGAGACACGUUUCUUUCUUUCUUUUUUUUUUGGCUAGGCCCACCAUGACUUGUGACCUAGAACCCCCAGGAUUAACAGAGGCCUCACAUUUACUCUGCAAGCUGACUCCAAAGGAGUCUACAGUCCUUACUUGUCAUGCCACACUCACACAUCCAGUAGUGGUCUCUAUCUACCCGCAUUCCUAGCUAGCUGGCACUGGCCUCAACUCCAAAGACUGCCUUUAGGACCAUCAAAUGGCCUAUGCAAGCAAGCGGGGUGGUUAUUAGGACAGAUUGUAUAUUUUGUAUAUUCUGGGACCAUCCCUUCAAGACACGUCUAUAAAACAAAAAUGGCGCUUGGUCCACACACGGUUGCUGCUCCCUCCUACCAGCUGGCUCCCCUCCUGUCCUCCUUUGACUGUUUGACUCAUUGACUGUUAAAAUGCCACCCCAUACAUAUUUGGGAUGCAAAACUGAAGUCAAAAGGAAAUAAUAUAAGAAACACAAACACAUAUAUGACAGCAACCUUCAAGAUCUGGGUUUUCAGCUUUCUGCAACCUUUGUUUUCACUGAAAUGUUGAAACUACUCGUCUGAGGGCAAAGGAACCUCCUCACAAAUGCUAUAGCUGCCAAUUGGACACUUGGGGCAUUUCGAGGUCUGGCCCUAAGAAUUUACUUUCUCCUUUUCCUUUUUUCUAUUUAGACCAAAAAAAACAAAAACAAAAACAAAAAAAAACACAAAAUAAUACAAAAUGAAAAAAAAAAAAGAACACCCGUUAACACACACGCACACACACACACAAAAUCUGUCCAUUUGCCGGAGGCAAUUGUAUGUAUGUUAGUUGGAGGGUAUUAAAAAUCAGUUUUAUUCCAAAGAUUUAAAACUAGACAUGACUUAAAAACAAUUUCUGGAGCACUGCUUGCUGACAAUCUCGUAGUUCUCUACUGCAUUUGAGUGCAUUUUGUGGCCAGUCCAUCAGGGCGUACCAUGGGAUUAUAUUUGAAUGUGUGGUGCAUCCUUCCUGGAUGAAGGAUGUGUGAGGGACCUUGAACCUCAGCUGUAUUAAACUGUAGCGCCUCCAGUCAGUGCACUAGAUGAAACUUUUAGACACCCUGAAUUCUGUUGGUUCCUUUAUUUUCCUUUAUGUAGCAGCCUCCAGCAUGAAUGCACGCACACGCCAGUGAUGGCAUUAAGCCAUGGCCACCACGAUUUGCAAAUGUUCUCUCCCAAGCUGGAGCUGCUCUUGCCUCUCGAAAUGCUAUUAUUAAGGGUUUAUAAUACUUAAUUUAAUUUUCGAACUGACCAAUGCAAGGCUCUAUUAAAAAGAAAGUUUAAAAAAUGCAAAAGAGUAAUCAUUGCUUGUUUGCUCCCUAUUGUCAUCUGUGGUCUCAUUUGAAUGUGGCAGAACAAAGGCCCUUUGGUCCUCAUCAGUGUCUGAAAUGUUCAGUAAUUUCUCUCUCUUUUGUAUCAGUGAGGUCCUUUGUAAUCUGCUCCUGACCUUUCUCGGAGCAGGGUGCAUUGAAACUCAAUGGUGGUGCUUGCUUGCUUCAGAGUCAUUUGUUGACUGUGAGAAUUGGCCUAAGAAUUUGGUGGGUGCUAAGUGGAUGGCUUUGAAACUGUUCUUCUUUAGCCCAGUUGACACCCGUGAAUGAUGACCAGUCCUGAUCAUUUUGGAAAUGGAUUUGUAAUAAAACGUCCGUCACCUCUGCAGUGGCAGAGAUGGUUACUAAGAGCCUCUAGAGCGAGCAGGUUUUCCAAGAAGUAACCUGAAGACAUUUUGCUCCCAAGAGGACUGGUUAUUUAAAACAGUGCAUUAAUGGACAUUUGAAACACAUUAAACCCCUUUCUCAUUUCAAUUGUUAUCUCCUAACCCUCCAGGGGAUCCCAAAUUUGAAAGGAAAAACCCGGCCUGGUGUUUCUGGUGGUGUCCUAACAAGCACGCUUUUAUCCAGGGUUCAGAGUUGGACAUGUAGAAAAAGAGUUUCUAAGCCACUGACAAUUUUUUUUUUGUAAUUUCAAAUUAUACUUCUUUCUCCUGCCACAUGACUGUAAGUCAUAGACAUGGAAACCUGAAAUUAUAAUGCUGCUCCUAGCUACUGGCCUCCUGCCCCACCCAUGGUUAAUGGCUCAGCUCAAUGCCUGGUGGUAAUGAGUAUUAUAUCCAGAAAAAGAGAUGUUCAGAUUCCAUGACAAAGCUGCAUUUUUGUAAAAAUAUUGGAGACCCCAAAAUGAACUUCAUGCUGACCAUUUCCUCCUCUCUCUGUGCUUUCCCUUGCAAAGCCCUUCAAAUAUCCUCUUCUCUCGACGCCAUCUCCUCUCCACCUGCACCUCUUGUGCCCUUUGUACAUCUUUGAUUGCCUGAUGAUAACAGGGUAAAAGGACAGCCAACCUCAUGCCUGAUUAGCAGAACUGAAUCCUAGUUUUAAAAAAUCUUCUCUGGCUUCAGAGAAGAUUUUAUAAGGACUUUUGUUUGGGAUAAGCUUUCCAGAUUAUCCAUGUCUAUUUGCAUCAAAGGGGAAAGAAAUGGGGCUUUUGGAUGGCUCUUCCAGUGCAUUCGAAACAUUGCCUCUUGCCUUUAUUCCUGCAUUUUAUGGCAAAGCCAAAAGAAACUCAAGUUGCGAGAACAAAACCCAGUGACUCGUUUUGAUGGUUCAAAAUGAUUUCCUUUAUGGAAGUCACUUCAUAAAAUGUUAAGUAAAAAGUGGGAAGUGCUUCUGUCUUCUCUUUUGCAUGAGUUGCUUUUAGGAGCAGGAAGAAGGUAGGCAAAGUAAGAUAAAGAUGCAACACAUUUAACUAAAACAGGUUCAUUUUUUAGUUUAUUAGAAUUGUUUUGAAAUCUUAAGAGGGCCAGCAUUUCUGGCUACAAUUUUGCACCCAGAACAUUGCCAAAAUGAACAUUCAGUAAAUAGAACCUGAUUGAAAUUUACUCCUGGAAGCUUUCCUUUGCAUUUUCGGGAAGUGGCCACCUGCGAAGCGCAAGAGUUGGGGGGGCAGGAGGGGAGGACUCAAAUUCAGGGUGUCUGGAUUAAAUUUCGGUGAACAUGGUGAUAUCUCAGUUUGAAAACUAGAGGGCCUAUCCUGAGUAUACAUCAAUGUCUCUUUGAUGGCCUACUUUCCUCAGUGAGGAUCUUUGGGAAUACUUGAGAUGGAACAACAGAAAUGUGUGAAAGGAAGCAGAAACUUCUUGUAAAUAACGUGACCUCCCAUGACGAACUGCCUGAGGCUUCAGGGUUUUUUCUUGCUUUUAACACUCUUAAAUCUCCUCUGUUGGUUCCUAAUAGAUCCCAGAAAAGGGAAAAAUAAAGCUGCAGUUAACUUUCUUAUGUGCAUCCUUCCAAUAUAGUACUGUAUUUUUCAGGUGUUUUGCAUUUAACAUAAAAGUCCUCGGGAAACAGGUGUCAAAAACAGAGAGAGAAAUCCUGGGCCAUCACUUCACAAAUAUCCCAAACAAGAUAUUCUUUUCAAACAGGGCUCCCUCUCAGUGGUCAUGAGGGAAGGUUGAUAAUGUUCUUUGUUGGGGACUGUUUAUACAAUUUUUUUUCAACUGUGAGCUUUGGAAUCGUAACUUGCUGUGAGUCCAGCUUCUGUCUACUGCCAUGAGAUGGACCCCACGUCAGCAUAAUGAGGGUGGUAUAUAUGCUCGCACCUAGACAUGCGCAUAUGUACCUGUCGUACCUUCACGGAAGGAAAACAGGCUACUGACGUUUCGGAGGAGUAGCCACCAGUGCCUAAUAUCUUUUGGGGGGGAUGGAUGCUUAUAAUUGCCAGUAUAUCGAAACCACACUGGGAGUUCCACAUAGCGGGGAGGGAUUGGGGGUGGGCAGAGGGGACAUUUUAAACCUAGGCCUUUGGACUGGAGGCAGAACGAUUUCUGCAAACCUAGGUCCUGAAGGCUUUGGGGCUUAUUGGCUGGUUCUCAACCUUUUUGUUUUUUCUUCCCAGCAUGCAUUUCCUAUCUAAACCCAGACUUAGUUUAAUUUCCUUAUCUUUCACUUCUGCUUCAUUCCAGGGAGGAAAAAUACACCUGUUAAUGGCCAAGAUCUCCUUGCUAACACAGAGGCAAAAAUAAAUGUCUAAUGUUUUUGAAGCCUCCCCUUCCUUUCCACAAGCCCCCACCCGCCCCCGCGUCAAGCUCCUUCUCCCACUUCCUACUCCCACACAACUUCCCAGCCACUGAAACUUUUCUUUCAAAUCUCUUAUUAUCCUCUUAACAGUUGCUUGAAUAAAUUUAUUUUUGCACUAUACAUUUUCUUUUUGCCAGAUGUGUCUAACAAGUGUGUUUGGAGAGACCUACUCCCAGCCCCGUCUCCUUCCCCGCCUCCCCCCGUCACAUUCUCUCAGGCCUUCUCUGGUAUUUAUAAUAUAUCACAGAAGUACCCAGUCUUAUAGCCCUCGGUUAUGCCUUUUUUUGACAUUUUAUUUUUUUUAAGCUUUUUAUAUAUAUAUAUAAAUAUAUUACUUUGUCAAGUUUUUUUGCUGUACAAAAGUCUUAAGAUUUAAAACUAUUAUUUGUAUUAUAUGAUGGUGGUAUGUUAAUGUUACAAAAUUAUUAAUGAAGAAGAAAUUUAUUUUUGUUACUGGUCUGUUUCAUAAUUCUUUUUUAAAUUGGUAUAUUGUAAGAUAUCUAUGCAAAAAAUGUUAUGUGACGCAUUUUUAUUUAAGAAUGUAAUAUGUGUAAUAAACAGUAGAAUGUG